AUGUCUAUCAGCCGUGCCGUUAACUCUUUGAAACCAAUCCACGCCCGUAUUUUGGCUAUAAGAAGUGCUUCUGCAGCCACUUCAUCACCAGGAAGCUCAAAGAUCCAGUUGCAAAAACCCGAAGGAGAGGAGGGUUUCUUCAGCUAUGGCCGAAACUUAUCACGUGAUCCGAAGUUCAAAGGUGUGAAUAAGCCACUGCAGGGAGACACCCCUGGACAAUUUUUGUUCCGUCGUCUUGGUCACGCUUACGAAGUUUAUCCUCUUCUCUUCCUCGCUGGAUUUUGGUUUACGAUUUUCUGUGCGACGGCUUGGUACAGCUUCACAAAGAUUGAAAUUUGGCUCGAUAGAAGUAAGUCGGCAGCACCAUGGGAUUGGGAGCGUUCACGUGAGUCUUACUGGAAGAAGGGAACCGUCGCAUUCGACUUCGAGGGAAAAACUCGCCAGCGUUGUGAACUGAUGGAAAUGCUUCAAGACGAGAUGCUGGAAGCCGCGAAGAAGAGAGGAACUCGAUAA